UUUACUCAAAUGUUUGGACCAUGGUCAACGCUCUGUGGACCACGUUAAUAUCGCUUAUUUUGGUCGGAAGUGUAGCGGCCAACGAUCUGUUCUCCCUGCCACCUGCCACGAAUCACAGGGAGGAACUUCUCGAGGAUUAUGGCCGAUUUCUGCUGGCCACCAUGAACAGGAGCAUCGAUCCCUGCGAGAACUUCUACGAAUUCAGCUGCGGCGGUUGGAAAAAGGCGGAAUUGGUUCCGGAACAGGCCAGGAAUACCAGCUUCCUCCACGCAAUCCAGCAGAAGAUCGACGAACAGGUCCUGGGAUUCCUGCAGAAUGCCACUAAACGGGAACUGGAGGAUCUGGGUGUUAAUGGCACCAGAUCGGCGGAGGUUAAAGCCAAGCAAUUCUUCGCCAGUUGUGUGGAAGUGAAAGCCAACUUGUCAUUGGGCUAUCAGUAUUUUCUGGACCUCGAAGAGGAUCGUUUGAAGGACAGCAAUGCCACUUAUGAUUGGAUGUACAUAAACUUUAUGUCAAAGUACGAUAUAUAUCCUCUGCUGCCUUUAAAAGUGCAUUAUAGUACUUCCUCGCGAAAGUUUGAUUUACUUUUGACAAUUCCCACUAAAGUUUUAGCCUCUAUAAAUGAAGAGCAGCUAAAAAACAUGACCAGAGAUUUUGGUUUGGAUACGAGUACAGACAAAGCUAAGCAGUUUUCGGAGAACUUUGCCAACCUCACAGCAUUCGAGAGGAAUUUGAUUUCUUUGGCAAAAGCGCGAAACGAAACAGAGCAAUUAAAUUUUAGGGAUUUCCUGGCGAAACACAAACACGAUCGCUUGAAUUGGACUCGCUUUUUUGAACUGGCCUUCAAUGGCAGUCAAGAAUCACACUGGCCAGUGCUCAAUCAAGUGGAUAACGUCAACGAUUUGGUUUACUUUCUGGAGCAAACGAACCUCGAUACAUUGAGAAGUUAUGUGAAAAUGAGGGAGUUGCUCAAGUUUUAUGGUUUGUGGAAAACUCUAACUAAAAUCGGGGGAGUUCAAAGUGAAUGUCGCUCAUUGUCGGAGACCUAUUUUAAUUUUGCUCUGCUGCCCUGGUUUAUUGGUAAGGUUUUCGAUAAGGAAAGACGUGCUGAUAUCCUGAGGGUUGCCAAGGACAUCAAGGAUACGUUCUAUGAGCUCUUGGAUCAUCAUACUUGGCUGGAUGACGAAACUCGUUCGCAGGCAAAAACCAAGUUGGCUUCAAUGGAUAUUUUAGUUGGCUACACCGAUGAUUUGCAACAUCGCGAGGUGAUUGAUGGAGUCUAUAAUGAUAUCAAUAUGACUGGAAAUUGGUUCGAAAACCUUUGCAUAAUGGAGGGAAGUCGAGCUAGAGUUCGUUUGCGAUCGGUGGAUAAAGCCCUGAUUCCACUUUUAAUGCCAACGAGAACCGUGAAUGCAUAUUAUGCAGAUUUUCUGAACCUGGCUUUUAUCACAAUUGGAAUGGCCCAGUGGCCCUUUUACCAUUACGACUUCCCAGAUGUUCUAAAGUAUGCCGGAGUUGGUAAUAUCAUUGGUCAUGAAAUGGCCCAUGGUUUCGAUUCCUAUUGCUAUCAGUACAAUUAUGAUGGCAAGAAGUCCAACUGGUGGUCUUCAGCUUCCUUGAGGAACUUCAAAGAAAGAUAUCGCUGCUUGGAGUCGCAGUACAAUAAAUUCAUAUUGAUGGGAGUCCAAACCAAUGGCACUUUAACAUCCGGCGAUAAUAUAGCCGAUAAUGUUGGCACCCGAAUGGCAUAUUACGCUUUCAAGCGGAAAACUGGCGACAAGGCUUGGUUGGAAAAACCCCUCAGAGGUGUGAACUUCAACAACAAACAGCUGUUCUUCGUGAAGUUCGCCCAAACCUGGUGCAAUGGAAAGGAUAAUGGCGAGAAGAUCCGGAGACUGAAGACUGAUGUCCACGCCUACGACGAGUUUCGGGUUCAGGGAACCCUCAGCAACAUGCCCGAGUUCAGCGAGGCCUUCAACUGCAAGCUGGGCACCGAGAUGAAUCCCCUCAAAAAGUGCGUGGUCUGGUGA